CAGAGGUAAUAGAUUUUCCAAGCCGCAAUUCUUCUUUGUACUGAAUUGUAAUCAAAAUAUUUUGUUUUUGUUCUCUCCUAUCGCGCCAUGUAAAUUUUUGUAGGUAUUCUCGAAUCAAGGUUUAAUUUAUAUUUUUUGUCUAUUGGAAAACAUGCCGCAAUUACAAAUUAACUACAGACCUCCAAUGAGUGAUUCUGAAGAUUCAGAUGACUACGAUGGUUAUUACUUCGGUGAUAUGCCAUCCAAAAGAACUUGUUCUCCGACUAUUUGGCAACAAGAACAAAAUAGUCGUGCAGAAAUAAUACUGUCAAUCAUUAAUGGAGACUCUGAAAAAUGUAUGCAACAAGUACGUGACCUCAACAUAUCCAUCAAUGAGCCAAUAAAUGGAGGGUUUACUCUUCUCAUGACGGCUUGUCGAGAAGGACAAUUGCCUAUCGUGCGGCUUUUAAUAGAAGAUCUCAAAGCAGACGUCAACAAACAGGUGGACUCAUUUACACCACUCAUGCUAGUAUGCGAGUGUACAAAUAAAGAUUCGCAUACAAUUGAUCAAAUAGUACAACUUUUGCUAAAACAUGGAGCUGUGAUAAAUGUUUCCGACAAAUAUGGCACUACUCCUUUCAUGCACGCUUGCAAAAACGGUUACAUAGCUGUAGUGAGACGACUGUUGAAAGACGUAUCCUUCGAUGCUGUUGAUAAUCAGGGAUGUACGCCUAUUUUUCAUGCAAUAGAGCACAAUCGUACAGAUGUUGUAAAAUUAUUGGUGGAAGCUGGUGUUAAUGCAACUAUUGCUAAUAGAAAAGGCUAUACACCAGUACAAGUAGCACAAUUUCAUGGAUUUUACGAUUUGCUUGAGUUUUUGCCCAAAGAAAAGAAUACUUAUGUUGUCCCACCUCAAUUUCUUGGCUACAACACACUGCGUGACUACAUACCACGAAUUUUUUUGAAAUCUUAUUGUCCCGAAUACUUUCAAGAAAUCAAUGCAAUCCUUUUAUCUUUAAAUAUGGAAAAAUUUUUGGAACAUUUCGCCAAGGAACAAACUCCUCUGUUGGAUUUUCUUUCAAUGAAUGACGAUCUAUUGAAGGAGAUUGGAAUUAAAUAUCCUAUUUUUCGAAUGAAAAUAAUGAAAGGACUUCUUGAUUUUCACCUACAUCAUUGGUCAAAGAAAUCUAUCGCUCGUGUCAGUAGAUCAACAAAAGAAAAUUUCUACGAAAUAUUAAUGAUUACUGCAAAUCAUUUACAACAUUUGGUAAUAAUAACUGCCACUCUUCGCUUCAUAAAAGAGAACGUCAAGUCGAAAGAAUUAGGAAAUGUCUCACAGAAACAAUUACAGACAUUGCAACAAAAUGUUAACGCUUAUCGGGCAACUAUAAAAGAGCUAUACGGAACUGCGAAAUAUUUAUCUUCAUUUAGUCCACCAAAAAAUCCUUUAUACAUAGACUAUGAUGAGUAUCUUGCUGAACGCAAACGUUUGAAACUGAAGUCUUAUUUCAAGUACACCACAAUUUUUAUUGGAGUAUCGGUAUUUGUUUGUCUCAAAAUAAGAAAGAUUUUCUUUCAGUCAUAACAUGAAUAUGCGACAUUUUUUAUUAUUUUUGAAUUUGAAUUUUUGUAUUAUUUUUUACUAAAUAUUAAUAGAAUUGAAUUUGUUGAAUUUUA